CAGAACAAGAUGAACGAGGAUUGAUUGGUCAGGUCUGGGUGAAGGGAAAUGGAAGUCUGCAGACGGGGAUAAGAGAUUGAACGCUGAAUGUGGAACUUUGUUUUGUCUGUGAGGAAAUACUUUAAGGGAAAUGUCUAUUUGGACCUUUUGUACGUGUUCCCUUUCAUGCGCAAGCCUUUAAUGGGACAAAGAACUAGUAGAUUCCUAUCAGAUUUCAUUAUUGAUUUGAUCAGAUGAGCAGUAUCAGUCAGUGCAGUGAACAGACCGACAACAGCAACAGCCUCCAUUCCAGAGCUGCCUCUCCUCAGCCCAUGACUGCUGCACUACAGCAUGUAGACAGCAGUGCUUUCUCCUGGAGCUUUUGCAAAUGAAAAUGGAGGACGUGUCUCUGUCCAGUAUGGACAACAGUAAGAUGGAGGGCUUUGCUCAAGAGAUCCUGUCUGACCUGGUGGAAGAUGCCUGUUUGGGUCUUUGUUUUGAAGUUCACAGGGCUGUCAAACAGGGAUACUUUUUCCUGGAUGACACAGACCAGGAGAGUAUGAAAGACUUUGAAAUCGUGGACCAGCCUGGAGUAGACAUUUUCGGGCAAGUGUACAACCAGUGGAAAAACAAAGAGUGUGUGUGUCCCAACUGCAGCCGGAGCAUCGCCGCCUCACGCUUUGCUCCUCACCUGGAGAAAUGCCUCGGCAUGGGCCGCAACAGCAGUCGCAUUGCCAACCGCAGAAUUGCAAGCGGCAACAACACGAACAAAUCAGAGAGCGAUCAAGAAGACAAUGAUGAUGUCAACGACAAUGACUGGUCUUAUGGGGCAGAAAAGAAAGCCAAGAAGAGAAAGUCAGAUAAGAAUCCAAAUUCACCAAGAAGAUCCAAAUCCAUGAAACAUAAAAAUGACUGAACAGAAGAAAUGAACUGGAGAAGAUUUCCACGUCAAAGAAGGCGGAGUCUCAGAGCCACACCUACCUAUUACGUAAUCGCCACGGACCAAUGAUAGUUCGAAGGGGUUCACUAGCUGGAGCAUACUUUUCCGGAAAGUUCGCUUUGACAAGCUGUUUCAACUCCCCAAACAAACUUUGUUUUGGCCUGAUUUUGUUCAAAAUUACAUCACACAAGUUCAACUUUCUUCAAUUUUGCUUGAAGUAUAUCGGGGCCUUUAGGGGCCUUUCACACAGAACGCGUUUUUGCGUUGAAUAACGGAAUGAAACACGUGUUUUUUUUUUUGUUUGUUUUUUUUUAAAGUUGAACUACUUUUAACUUAAUCACAGCAUUUUUAGAAUGCCAAGACGCUGCAUAAGACACAAGUGCAACAAUCGAACACAUGCAUAAUGCAUGUUUACAUUAAAACCAAUAGAAAUGUAGUGGAAUGCAAAAACAAAUUCUUUGUGAACGGCCUCUUAUGGUGCAUUUAGCAUGUUCAAGGUCUAAUUUAAAAGCUUUACAUGCUAGUUGAAAAAUUUUGCAAGCGAUAUUGUAUACUAACAGUCUAUAAGUCAUUGAAAGUUAUUGACAAAAAGAUAAGACAUUAUAAUUAACUGUCUGGAUAAUAAUUUUCUUAAAGCUUUGCUGGGUCCUAAGCGACGUGUGGAGAAUCAGGACAAUUCGUGUGUGUUGCUAAGAGAUGAGACAUUUUCUCAAUAACACUGUGGGUAGCAGGAGUCAGUCACUACCCACAGUGCCACACGGUUUACCAUAUCACAGGAUUGUGUGAGCUGAAUUAUGCUGAUCAGUGGAGGAGAUGUGGACUAAUUUUUCUGUCAUUCAGUUUACAUUAGUUUUUUUUUUUUCUUUCUUUCCAUUUUUCGUCUUCAGACAUUUUUGCACAAUCUCUCAUAUCCUGCUCAUCAAAAAUGACACAUCUAGGAUAGAGGAACUUGCACAGUGCUCUCAGGGAGGAAGUUAGAACUCAGAUCAUCAUAUCGGCAGCCAGAAACAGCCGAGUCGUAGAACCUGGGCCAGUUGAGCUCUCCCAUAAAUGCAGGAUUCUCUCGAAAGCAUACAUUCUCAUAUGUAAUUUCUCAUUCUGGGAGGAUUUUGUAUCUAAUAAUGAAAUUGUUAAAGAUUAAUAGCAAAUCAAGAUCAUAAAUCAGUGUGAACUGUUCCCCAUCAGGUAAUUACUACACGAUGUUUUAAUAUAAUUUUUUGGAGAAUCAUGAUCCAGUAUAGUUGUUUCUUUCCUUUGUAGUUCAAUAGCCAAAAUGUGGUACAUUUGUACUAUGUUAUGUCACUAGUUCUAUAGCAUAUUAUCAUACUACAUUUUUUUUUUUUCAAUAGUAAGUUAUUGGUUACAAAGAGAGGCGUAGAUCUCCAAAAAGAAUUAAGGCUUGAGAAUAUCUUUAUCAUUGUAACUUGUUUUUCUUUUCUCAAUUUUUUUUUUUAUGUAUUAGAUGUUUACAGUGUAAAGUGUCCUGUGCGGUCUCACUUUGUUUGUAACGGUGUAUAUAUAUUUGACUAGGUGAAAGAUGCUGCUAUCCUGACCGUGAGCCAUACGCUUACGGGCAUGUCAUCCAUGUAAUAAAAAAAAAAAUCAGAACUCUAAA